AUGGAAAACGAGCAAAAGAUCAUCAAGCGUUUCACAGAUUCUGAGCGUCCUUAUCCCUGUCUAUUUUUCAAGCUGGGGAACACUUUCUAUCGGCUCAACCCCACGUGGCGUUCGGUUGGUUGUGAUGCAGCCCGGUUGCGGCUGCACACUGAGCGGGGAAGCUCCAUACCACAUGCACAUGAGACCGUUGUCUCACAUUUGAUCACGGAAGCGGAAUGCAACUGCAAUUUCACGAGGAGUUUACAAACGGCAUGCGGAAUAUGGAGGACAAUCGCAAAUUGCAAGAUUUCGGGUUCCAAAAUAAGAUUGGUCCGGAAAAGAACAUGCCUGGCUAUUGCUUGCGGCCCAUCAGAGAAUGUUGAUGGUGUCAAGAUCUCGACAUGGAUUCAUGUCUGGCGUACGGAGAGGGGGAAAGGCUUCGGUAUCGUUACAUCGCUGGCUGUCACGCGGCGAAAGCUUUGGGUUGAGGACGGGCUUGUACCGACGGCCGGACAGACUGAAAGUGGGUGGAAGCAUGGAUUUUGCGUUUUAUCAGGCGGCCGCGAUAGGUACAGAGUUCACAACAGGCCGGACUUGGAAGAGGGGUUAAAUUGCGGGCACACAGCCCGGGCGAGAGGCGGAUGA